UAAAAUUUUGGUUUUUCGAUUUAUAAAUUAUGCUUCACAAAUUUCGACUCAUAAACCUUUUGCAAAUAUCCAGGCAUGCAAAAACUAGCAAAAAUAUUUCUUCGGAAACAUCUAGGCCUAAUCUCAAUGGCCCCGAGAAUAAAGAUUGUAUUUCUAAGGACGAGACAAUCAUUUCCGGCGGGAGCAUCUGCAAGCCCAGGAAGAAGUCUCCUUGUUCGCCACUCGGUAAAAAGGGAGCAGGAGCAGGGGCAGGGGCAGGGGCAGUGCAGGCCAACUGCGAGGAACUGCUGCUGAAACGAACGUGUAAAGGCGUCACGAUCGACAAAAAAAAUCUAGCGACAAUCCAAGGAGGCGGUAGUACAAGCGAUCCAUGCAAUCCGCCAAAAGAAAAAGAACCAGCCCACGGUGGAGGCAUGAAGCGUUGGCGAAACAUAUCCCUCUUUGCAGUCCUGCCACUGGUGGUCAUACUGACGGUCCUUGUGUUCAGCACCCAUAAGGAGCACGAACAUCCAGAGUUUGUGUACUUUCCUUUCAUGUACAAGCGAACGAAGACGUAUUACUUCAAGGACGGCAAUCGAACCCUUUUUCAUAACAGCCAACAGAAUGCUCUGCCACCGGCAGGCUACGAAGAUGAGAUAGAUGAAGGGGGCAUUGGCCAGGAACCAGAGACGGAAAAGGACAAGAAGCAACGUCUGAAUGAUUUCCAAAAAUUACUCAAGGAUUGGCAAAAGAAUGGUGGCGGUAGUGACGCUCACGUCAAGGCAGAGGCGGUGGCCGCUGAGAGCCACGAGACAGCUGCAGAGACUGCGGAAAAGACUGCUGCAGCUGAGGAGAAGCAUCCCGAGGCCGAAGAGAAGCCAAAAGAAGUGGCCCAACUCUAUUCACACAAGCUCCCGAUCUACGAUACGGAGGAUUAACAUCACCUCUGCUUGAAAAUUCCACCAAAGGAUGUUCUUUUGGAAAUUCCUCAAUCCUAUUAAGGCAGGCUUUUCCUAGGGUUUCCACCAAAUUGUUGAAGCAGCCUUGGGCUUGCCACAAAUGUUGGGGCGGCAGCCCUUUCAAAUACAAAUUUAUUGCCUA